GGCCGCCCCGGCAGGUGCCGAGCGGGGACGAGAGCAGCGUGUCCCGGCGGCGGCGCGGAAGAUGGAAAAGCUGAACAAGCUGACCGUGCCGGCCGGCGAGAAGUUCAGGAAGCUUCAAAAGAUGGUGCACGACAUCAAGAAAAAUGAAAGUGGGAUAAUAAACAAGUUCAAAAGGUUCCAAAAUGAACAAGUGGCCUUUAUUUGCAAAACUGGGAAAGAUACUUGGGAUCGGCUAAAAAACAGACCUCCACCAAGUCUACCACAGAGGGAUUAUGCUUCAGAACAUGCAGACAAUGAAGAGGAACAAUGGUCAGAUGAUUUUGACAGUGAUUAUGAAAAUCCAGAUGACCAUUCUGACUCUGAGAUGUAUGUGGUCCCCAGUGAAGAGAAUCCUGAUGAUAGCUAUGAACCACCUCCAAGUGAGCAGGAGAAAAAGAAGAUUCCCUCUGCACUCCCUAUUUCUAGGGGUGAAUACGCAGACAAUCGCACCAGCCACCAGCAGCUUCCUCCUGUCAACAGAACUCUCCCAAGUACACCCAGUCCAGCCACACUCAGACCAAAGAAGCCACCUGUGCCGUCCCUGGCAUUGCCAUCUCCUGCAGCAAAACCAAAAGUACCACCAAAGCCUAAGGAGUGUAAUGAUGAUGAGGAUAAUUACAUUGUGCCAGUGGACAAUAAUGAUGAUAACUACAUUGAACCCACAGAAAGCAGUGUGUCACCACCUACAAGACCUCCUGUGAACAGGUUUAUGAAGGCAACAAAGACAGCCCCCUCUACUUCUCCAAAGCCUUCUCGUACUUCUGAUAUGCAAGAAGUCUACGAGGUUGUUGAAGAAGAGGAAAAAGCAGUACCAGUACCAGCAACCAGGUUUACCAAGCCACUUCCAUCUAUGCCCGCUCAGAAUAUAGAGCACUCCCACAUGCGCAGCACAGCCGGAGAGUCACCUAAGCUAGAUACUUCCAGAAAUAUUUUGCCUCUUCCCAGAAAUCGUCUUCAUCCAAAAGCAGAACAUGAAGCAAACAAUGAUAGAAAUCACAGCUUCAAUAACACACAAGAAUCCAGAUUUCCCACUGGAGCAGCUCCAUCUCCAUUACCAAGGGGCCUAAAGAAAACUUCUAAUGCAGUGAAUUCACUAAAACCAUGUUUACCUUCCAGAGAUAUCUUAACUCCAAACGAAGAAAAACCUACACCAGCAGAACGACGAGGUUCCAGCCAAGAGCUUCCACUUCCACCCAUUCCAAGUGGUGCCCAAAAGCCUUUGCUCCAAAAGCCCUCAAUUGUGCCAAAAGUGCCAGAAGCUGCAAACCGUUCUCUGGGUACCUCCUCUCAUAGCAGAAUUUCAUCUAUGUCUAGUAUUGCAGACCAGGAUGCUGCCAUUCACAGUAAAGCAUGGUACGCUGCUACAUGUGAUAGGAAAACAGCAGAAGAUGCAUUGUACCGAUCAAACAUGGAUGGAUCUUUUCUAGUAAGAAAGAGUUCUGGACAGGAUUCACGGCAGCCAUACACGCUGGUUGUGUUUUACAACAGAAGAGUAUACAACAUCCCUAUAAGAUUUAUUGAAUCGACAAGACAAUAUGCACUGGGCAGAGAAAAAAGUGGAGAAGAGCGUUUUGACAGCGUCACUGAAAUAGUAGAGAAUCAUCAGCACACCUCCUUGGUUCUAAUUGACAGCCAGAACAACACAAAAGACUCAACAAAACUGAAACACAUUGUAAGAGUUUCUUAACUCUUCCUGAACUGCUCAGAUGAAGACUUUAAAAAUCAUUUCUUCCAUCAUCCCAAAACGUGAAUAAGGUAUCAAAAGAAGAGAAUCUAAAAUGAUGGAAUGUACUCUUUAAGAGCACCUACUAAGCAGUAUAAAAUGUAGUUCAUCCAGGCCACAUGGCAUUCAUCAGAAAAGUCCUCAUACUUAAACAUGAGAAGCCAAUGCUGAUCUGCUCUUGUUUGUGGUUUCCAUCUGUGACAACACUGGUAUUCAAAGUCACGUGAAGAACUACAUACCACAGAGGCUGGUCCUUUGACUGCUGUUUAAAGAUAGAUUUCCUGUAGGACA